CCCGUUCAAGUCAGGGCGAGGAAGGAUUGAAGGGCUGUGGUUUCAUACAAAGAAAAAAAAAUCUGCCGCAAGCAGAGGCACGAAAAAAGAGCACCCAUGGCAGCAGAAGAGUUAGCGAGUUCCAUGAUUUUCACCCGUUGUUUAAUCCAGGAUCAGCUGGGUUUGGUGCUCGUUGAUGGAGCCAGGGAGAGAAAUCUGAUUUCCCUCCGGAUUGUCAGCAAAUUGAAGCUUCCAUUGCAGCCGCAUCCAGCUCCCUACGUCGUACAAUCACCGUACGAAGACAAAUUCAACAUGGUCGUUUCCCAGGUGGCCGUGACGUUCUCGAUUGGCCACUACGAGGACCAAGUCCUGUGUGACGUGGUUCUAAAUCUCCCUAGCAGCCUUGUAUUGGGACAACCAUGGUUCAGAGAUCGUCAAGUCUGUUUUACCAGUCGACGGAGCAAGAGAUUUCGUAUUCAGAGUCGAAACAAGGUGUUUGUCGUCAACCCUUUGGCUCCGGAGGCAGCUGCCGAAGAUUUGAAGGAGCUUCACCGACUCCAAGAGGAGUAUCAGAAGGCUAUACUAGUGAAACCAUGGCUAGGGAAGGUCGAUCAAGCAAAGACCCAGCCAGAACAAGACAAUCCAUGUUUUUCUUUGCAAAAACAGAGCAUCGAAGCCAACAAUUCUGCUGACGACGAAGAGGCGAGACAGUCGCACAACUCGUCCAGAAAUGCAUCCGUGGAUGUUGAUGGAGGUAUUGGAGCGCGAGGAGAAGCCCCUGAACCAGCUAUCGAUGCGCGAAUCAACCCGGAGACGCGCGCAGCAGAGCUUCCGAACUCUCCGCCGACGAAACAGAGCAGGCGAGAGACCCAAUUGGUCGGAGCUCUAGGGGCAACGUCGAACUCCGCCAACGCUGCCGAAACAUUCAAUCCGACCCCAGGAAUCUCAGGUGUUGUUUCAUUGGAGCCAAACAUACCUGUAAUUGGAGAUUCAAUUCGCGCCAAACCAUUUCUGUUCGUGAAGAACACUGCCGACGAGGACCCUCUCUUGGGUGGAUCGAACCAGGUCGAUUCGAUCAAACUGGCUGAUGGAGAACCAUCAAGGGACGUGCCAGGAAGCUGUACGAUCAAUCAAUUCAUCGCGAUGAGGUCUGAUUCACAAACGCCCAAUUUGACAUUGAGCUUGCUGGGUUCCGAAAAUUUAAAUUCGGACGACGGCGGGGAAAUUUCAGGCCAUGAUUCGCCGCGUCUCAGGUGCAUUCCAUGCAUAGAAUCGAUCGAGGAGUGUAAUUCUUUGAUAAAGAAAGCUGAUUCGUGCCCUGGAUUGAAGGAUGAAGCUGUGAAUCAAAAAGCCCCAAUAUGGCGAAGUUCAUCGCGGCGGUGCGUGCUGCCGGAAUCUGGAAACAAAGAAAAUCGUAGUCUGGGCGUAAUUGUGCCAACUGAAAGCAUGAAAGGUGCCAAAUGGAGUCCUAAGAAGAUGCAGGAGCUGGAAUUUCGUCAGAAAGAAGUAGCAGCACGAGUAGAAGAAGCUGCCAAAGUCUUCCAGAAGUUGGAGUUUGAGCUGCCUUCUUUUGACCCCAUUUAUGAGCAGUUCUGUGCAGAUUUUGACAAGAGGAAGGAUCAAGCUUUGAGGGCAAAGCUUUUUGAAGAGGGGGAGCCUGAUUUGAUCCCAAAUUGCCCACCAUUCACAUCACAAUUACUUGACAAAGAAGCUAUCAAAGUUGGGAAGAAGAAAGGCAGAAUUUGGCCAAGUCAAAAUCCGUGUUCAGGGUACAUACUUUGGAGGCAUGGUUCUCUCAAUUGGCUUGGUGGAAAUUCAAUUUUAAGGGAUUGUUUUUCAGAUAAAGUUUCCCUCUUUCCAAUGGUAUGCUCUGUGGAUUCAGAUGAUGUCAUUAAUGUUGUUUUCCAAGGCCUCAAAGUUGCUGCCUCAAAACUGGAAAACUGCCAGAAAAUGGUUAAGUCUGGAAACUGUUUUGUGAAGCCUACUUUGGAGCUCAAUUCAAGGAGAAUGGAUCUGAUUCAAAUCCAAAGGCUUCCACAACAUGAAACUAGGUAUUUUUGUGAACAAAGGAAAGGAAUUGGAUGAAAGAUUGGAGUUCGGGAAGGCCUCGAACGAAAGGCGCGAAGUUAGUACGAAAGCUGCCUUUUGACUGUUUGCUGGCAGCUUACUUGCACUUGAAGAAAGAGAGUUUAAAUCCGAAUUUUGAGUUCUUUUUAGAGUAUAUUUUUACCUUAAUUGUUUCCUAGCUCUAUUAUGUUUGUAUUAGGUUUAUUUGCCUUUAAAUACUCUUUUAUUUACGUUGUAAAAACAGAAGACUUUGUUGAAUAAAAAUCGAAACCGUUU